AGUUUUGCUGCAAUCACCCGCCGCCCCAUCGUCGAAGACCAUCGGUAGAACCUUCGGCGUCCAAGGUCCUCUACGAUAUCUUCAGGUAGUCCAGUUUAAUUGCUGAGGACAUCUAUCCAUUCAAUAUCAAAGCAAUAGCAUGUCCGCCAUCGUCCCCCAGCUGCAUGAUGGAGUUCAAAUUCCGUAUACCUGAAGAUGCAAGGUUGCGGGCCCACAUUUCGCAACGUAGCAACCUCAAGCUGGUGAAGACUGUAAUGGACCAUUUCGACGAGCGGCAAAGGGAGGACUUCCGCAACUCCUCCCUCGAGUAUCUGGCCGAGAUUUCGGAUAUUCAAUUAUCUGCUCAACUCAUCCAGCAACUAGCGUUCAGAACCAUCCACACAAAUAAGCUCUACGAGCUAUGGUUUAGCGUGCAAGAGCACCUCACAAGAUUUGGUCUACAAGAGUACGCGCUUGUGACGGGGUUAAGACGCGGUUCAUUCCCAGAGGGUGCUGAAUACGAACGAGUGCUACAGAAGAGGAGGUUGAAAGAGAGGUACUUCAAAUCCAAUAACAAAAUUUCUUUGGCUCAACUCCAGUCUACUAUGGCCCGAUCUUCGAUGCCCCGAGCUGAUCGCUAUAAGCUAGGGCUGGUUCUAAUUCUCGAGGGAGUUUUCAAUGCUCCGGAUAAUAAUGUCGGUAUCCAUUUGCCUACACUAUCAAUCGUGGACAACCUUGCUAUAUUUUUUACCUACCCUUGGGGUAGGGUCGGAUAUAGGCGUCUAUUGCACGAAUUCCGGGGUACUUGGGCAAAAAAAUUCCAAAAGGUGAAGAAGAGGAAGGAGAAGGAGAUUAUUUACACGGCCACGACUUUCCCAUCGUCAUGUAGGUAUGACCAUUCGUUCUACUAUUGUAGCAUGCCUGAUUUUUCCCUGGUAGCGUCAUGCUUAGAAUCUUUCGAAAUUUAAUUUCUCUUUCUUGCUCCGACAAGUAUGGGCGUACGAGGUGCUUCCGGAGGUUGGGGAACGUUUUGCUGAGCGAGUAGGCGAACGACUGCCACGACUUUUUCGCUGGUCGGCACGGAAACAGCCACAGCAUCGUACGUACGAUGCAUUCUUCAAGAAUGUUAAGGUAUACAUAGAACACGAUCCCAAGUUCCUUUUCGAACGUUUCGGUACAAUCUUGUGCCUUCUAAUGUGAGUACUGCAACCUUGUUUUGUAGCUCCACGUGUUUGCAACACUGCAUCCCACCGAUGCUGAGGCUCAACAACCCUAUUUUUCGCUCUCAUGCCGUACGAUGAUCCUCCCGUUACGGUUCUGGAUAACAUUUCAAGGAUCGUUGUAGCGCCACAAUUUAACGCAUUGGGCGACGGCAGUCGCGGCGGUGGAUGAUAAGUGCAUUUUGUGCACUUAUUCGGACUAUAUAACUAGGCUUUUAUGUUGUCAAAUUAUUAAUUUUUAUCUAACUUGUGUUAAUUUUCUUUUGAUUUUAGUUAUGAACCCGUUUUGAAGCAAUUGGAAAAGAAAAUGAUCAAUUGGCCAUUGGAUGAAAGUUUGUAGACAAUGUCCCACACUUUACAAAUUGAAGGGCUCGUGUUGAACUAAAAAAGGAUAUGAAUAACACUAUCAAAUCAAUUCGAGGACUAAAGUACCUUAAUUCCAUGAAGAGAAGCCUUGGAAAAUAAAUUACAUUUAAUUGGGCAUAAGACCAAUUGGAAUUGGAAUAGAAACUGGGUUUGAUCAUUGAAGAAGUCGACUGAAAAAGUUGACCUAGGUGGAGAAUUAAAAAAGAGUGCCGAGGGCUUAAUUAAAGAGAUUGGGCGGCAGAAAAACAAGAGAAAAAGGCUGAAAUUGAUGACUGGUUGGGGCUAAAUUUAAGAAUUAUAUACGGACAGAUUGGAGGCCAAAAACUGGAGUGGUGGAAUUAAUAAUUAAACCAGCUGCUGGGAAUUAAUUGUUGGGUUGCAAAGUGAGUUGAAUUAUAUAUUUGUACAUCCACCGGAGGCCGACAAUUGAAGAGGGAAAACUGAUAAAAUCGGCCAGCUGUUGGGAAGAAUUAGUAGGAUGCAAAUUGAAUUAUAUAUUUAUAUAUACAUCCACAGCAGCUAAG